CCGGGAGAGACCACCACCCCCACCACCAAUCACCGUGUGAAGAUCCUCAAUGCGGGAGUGAGAGGAGUAGUAUGAGCAGAAGAGGUUCAAUUUAAAAGGAAAAGGGAUUCCCGCCCUUUCACGCUCAGGACUGGCAAGCCAUUCAUCCACUCAUUCGUUCGAUACGCUGAUCACUCGUUCAUUCUAAUCAUCAGAUUCUUUCAUCACCUGCUUCUUCCUCUUCUUCUUCUUCUUCUUCUUUUUCUUCUGCCUCCAGCAUGCGCUACCCCACUUGCGGCAGCGUCACCCUUGCGGUGCUCGCCGCCAGCAGCCUGGCGAAAGCCCGCUCUAUCGCGCAAUUGUGCACUGUCUCGAAUGUUCAAGCCUCCCUCCCUGCCAAUGGCACGAUUUUGGGUAUCGAGAUGCUCCCCUCGACGGUGACUGCCAACACCGUCUACAAUGCCACGGCGGGAUCGGGCCCUGGCGGCUCGACCAGCACCUCCUCUGCCACCUACAACUACUGCAAUGUCACCGUUGCCUACACUCACACGGGUCGUGGGGACCGCGUCGUGCUCGAGUAUGCGUUCCCCGCCCCGAACACCUUCCAGAACCGUUUCUUCGUGGCGGGUGGUCAGGGUUUCUCCCUGGCCACCGACGCGACGGAGGGUCUUCCGUUUGGCGCGGCCUCUGGGAUCACGGAUGCGGGAUACGAUGCCUUCACCACUUCCUACGACGAGGUCAACCUGUACGGCAACGGCACGAUCAACUGGGAUGCCGCCCACAUGUUCGGCUACCAGGCCCUGGGUGAGAUGACCAAGGUCGGCAAGGUGAUGACCACUGGGUUCUAUGGUCUCGACAGCAAGCCUUACACCUACUACUACGGAUGCUCCGAUGGUGGGCGCCAGGGCAUGAGUCAGGUUCAGCGCUGGGGCGAUGAGUACGAUGGUGUCGUGGCGGGCGCCCCCGCCUUCCGCUUCGCCCAGCAGCAAGUGAACCACCUGACGGGUGUCACCAUCGAGCAGACGAUGGACUACUACCCGCCUCCCUGUGAGCUGAGCAAGAUCGUCAACGCGACGAUUGCCGCUUGCGACGCCCUCGACGGUCGCACCGAUGGGGUGGUGUCCCGCUCCGAUCUCUGCAUGCUGGAAUUCGAUCUGUCCUCUAUUGUUGGCGAAUCCUACUACUGUGCGGCCCAGAGCUACACCUCCCUGGGCUUCGGCUUCAACAAGCGUGCGGAUGGGAGCUCUACCACUUACCAGCCGGCGCAGAACGGCACCGUCACCAAGGAAGGUGUGGAGCUGGCCAAGGCCUUCUACAAGGGUCUCCACAACUCUAAGGGCGAGCGCGCCUAUAUCUCCUUCCAGAUCGCUGCCGAGAUGUCGGAUGCCGAGACCGAAUACGAUUCCUCGACCAGCAGCUGGGGGCUGGAUAUCCCCUCGACCGGUGGCGAGUACGUGGCCCGCUUUGUCGAGCUUGUCGAGGCCGACAAUCUCUCCAACCUGGACAAUGUGACCUACGACACCCUGGUUGAUUGGAUGAACACUGCGAUGGUGCUGUACAUGGACAGUCUUCAGACCACGGUUCCCGAUCUGACCACCUUCAAGUCUUCGGGGGGUAAGCUGCUGCACUUCCACGGCGAGUCCGACCCCAGCGUGCCCACCGCGUCUUCCGUCUACUACUGGCAGUCUGUCCGCGAGGCCAUGUAUGGGCUCGCCCGCUCCUCUACCAAGGACCUCACCGAGCUCGCCGAGUGGUACCAGCUCUACCUGAUCCCCGGAGCCGCUCACUGCGGAGCCAACGACCUGCAGCCCAACGGACCCUUCCCGUCAAUGACCACCUUGGUGGAGACCAUGAUCGACUGGGUCGAGAACGGCGAGCAACCCGCGCGUCUCAACGCUUCCGUCUCCUCCGGCCCUUACUCGGGCGAGGUCCAGCGUCUCUGCCAGUUCCCUAAGCGUCCCCUCUGGAAGAACAACAAGAACGACUUCGAGUGUGUCUUCGACGAGAAGUCCUACGAGUCCUGGACUUACUCCUUCCCCGCCUUCAACAUGACCGUCUACUAAACAGGUGUGGGGAAAAAGGGGGUGAUUGGGAUUGUCUCGGGGUCGGAAUGGAAUGGCGUUCAUUUCCUUUCCCUUUCGAAUCUGUCCUUGUGGUUCCAACCUUAAGUCUUUCAAUUUUUUGCCUAGCGCACCGGGAAAAGAGCCCCCUUUCUCCUUUCUUUUUUUCUUUUUUGUAACCAUAGCUUUUGUAGUCUAGUCCAAUCUGAUACUCUC